UCCUGUUCGAUCGUCGUCGGAUAUUGGUAGUACAAUACAAGUAAUCGUCUGCAAAAUAUAAGUAUGGAACAAGGACCAGUUCCUAAUAAUAAGAGGGGCAGGCAGGGAAAGAAAAAGAAGGCCCCCGCGAAUAGUGACAUAGUAUUCUCUGCCAGGAAUGGAUCUAUCCAGACCCUACCCUCCUUACAGAAACAUCUGACAUCUGUCACAGAGACAGUAGUUGGCCUCCAGUAUAUUUGGGAGUAUCGAAGCCCAUCUAAAUCUGCACCUCCCCACUAUCAGUGUAAACUGUGCAAAGUUCAGCGUCUGCAGAAGGAAAUUGUCUCUCACAUCUUGGGCUGGAAGCACUGCUUCAGAUACUUGAAACACCUCCACAAAGACAAGGUUCCUUACGAGGAGGAGGAAGCAGGUAAAGAUCCAUCUGUCAGAAAAGCCAUUAAAGCGACUGCUGCUGAGGUGGAAAAUGCAGAGGGUAGAGGUCAAAUUAAGGUUGUGCUGAGGGAGCCUUGUGAAGUGAUUGCUUUUCAGGGGAUGAAAUCUGCUCAACCCAGGGUAGGUUUUCCAGGAAAUGGAGGUAUCCAUGGGCCUGCUCCUCGAGGGUUACAGCGAGAUCAUUUCUCCGAUUCUCAGUUUAUGGGUCAUGGUGGUAUGGGGCCCAUGAGAAGAGGCCCGCCUGAUAUGGGGGGCUUCCCUGGCCAAGGUGGCUAUGAAGAUUACAUGGCCAUCCCAGACAGGGAGAUGAUGCAACGAGAGGACAUGCAACAAUUCUCUGAUGAUAUGCACAUGGGUGCAGAUGGCUUUGAAAUUGGCCAGCGUUGUGAGCGUAUGGACAGACCUUUCCCCGAUGAUGAUGAUGCCAUGAAUAGGGGCGGAGACAGAAUAAUGGGUCCGGGCGAAAGCAUUCCUUCAACACUGCUUAAAUAUCUGGACAAUUUUCGUAUUGAGAAUGAGGACGAUGCUCAGAUUGUCCUAAAGGUUACACAGAAGCUCACAGAUGUUCUCAUGGAUUACCGGCUCAGGAGUAUUUCGGUGCCCAGUCUGAAGCCGUUGUCCUCAAGCUCUUUUAAUUACUCAUCGUCUCGUCACUCACAUGGCUCUAAUGACAGAUACUCUGGUGGCAUGCCAGGUUCCUCAAGAUUCUACAACUGAACAUUCAUAAGACUUGGCUUACCUUUCUGGGCUUGUCUGUUGUAGUCAUUCUGACAUGUUUAUUUUUACCGUUUAUGACCAACUACUUUUUUCUUGACUUUUAAGAUGCUUUGCUUUUAUAAUGUAUAGGUACACUCAUUUAAAGUGUUUUGGUUUUCGGUUGGACAACUUCGUUUUUUUUUGUAAUAGCAACACAAUGUAAAAUGGUAUUUAAACCAGAGAAUUUCUUAUUCAUUUGUCAUCUUGUUCCAAAGCUGUGUUGCCAUAACGUUUGAAAUAAAUUGAGA